AUGUUCCACCAUUUAUGUGGUGUAUUUGCGAUCAUAGUCUGCUUAUUCAAUACCUGCCAUUUAUCAAGUGCUAAUGUUGAUGGUACUUUUGCUGCAUGUAGAAACAUACCCAUACCUCUCAAUUACACUUCAACACCAUUACCGGCAGCAAACGGUACUCCAGUUGAUACACUGGAAAUGCGAAACGAUGGUAAUUGGACUUGCCAAGUAGGCGUUGGCAAUGUCACUGUUGAUGUCAAUGUCCGAUAUUUUAUAUUAAUCAAAUUGUCAAGUGCUACUUGUCACGAAGCAAAGUUUACUGAAUAUGUUUUUACUGGUUUUCCCGAUCCAACUGGAAAUAUAGUUGCAAAGAUUUUCAAUUUAACUGUUGAUGUAAGCGAUCCAACUCAACUUCGUCAACUUAAUGUACCGCAAGAAUUCACUAAUUAUAUUACUGUUGAAGGUAAAGCGGAUGUUACACCUGCAAAUAGCACAAUUACUUUUGAUUCAGAGAAGCAUGGUAAUAAUUGUGGAUCAAUCCCAUUUGAAAAUGUAAUAAUUACAGUAUAUACAUACAUACCUACCAAUAUUUUAUCUGUCAUUAAAAAGAAAUAA